GUCUGAUGGGGUCCAGAGCGGUUCUGGUUCUGGUCUGUGACGGGUUCUGGUCGGGUCUCUGAGACCUGGAGCAGAACUGGUUCUGAUCUGUUCAGAAUGUUUCUCUCUUUCAAUCAAUAAUCAGUUCAUUAUGGUUUGGGCUUUCUGCAGCAGGUUCUUCAGCUUCUGGUCGGUUCUGGUCCAAACCCAGUUAAACGGGCAGCCAAUCAGAGCAUGACAAACUGCUUCAGUUACUUUUAUAUUUUAUAAUUAUUUGAAAACCUCCAGCUCUAAAGAAUUAUUAGAUUCAUUUUUUCUUUGUCUCUUUAAGGCCCCCUAGUGGCUCCCAGCGGACCAGCAGGGGGCCGGGGACCACACUUUGAAAACCACCGGUAACCUCUGACCUCCAGAUCCUGGUUCUGGUUUUGGUUCUCUGAACUUUGACCCCACAGUCAGAGAUGUUCCUUCAGGAAGGUGAACAGAACCUGGUGGAGGUUCUGGAUCAGGAUAAUCUCCGGUUCUGGGUCCAGUCGGAACCGCUCCGUCAUAGUGGAACCCUGAAGCUCCGCCCCGUACCCCCACCCCCUUCCGGUGGGCGGGGCCUGAUUUGUCUGAGCUGGUUCCGCUGCAGCGCGCCAUGGAGGCUCAUCAGAACCGUCUGCAGCAGCUCGCGGAAAAGAGGAAGUGGCAGACGGAGAUGGAGAACAAGCGGCGCCAGCUGGAGGAUGAACGCAGAGCUCUGCAGCACCUGAAGUCGAAAGUUCUCAGGGAGCGCUGGCUGCUGGAAGGACCCGCUGGUCCGGACCAGAACCAGAACCGGGACCCGGACCAGGUCCGGACUCAGCUGGAGGAGGACGAGGCCAGAAGCAGAACCUUGGAAGAGUCCAUCAGGAGGUUGGAGCAGGAAGUCUCCAGUCUGGAAACUGGACCUGUCUCUCAGACCAUAACACACUCUGUUGGGAUGUCAACACCUGAUCCAGCUGUUGAGGUCAAAGGUCACAGCAGAAUGGAGCUGGGCGGAGCUAAGCCGUCAGGUCAGGUGAUCCAAGACUCUGCAGAGGUCAAAGUUCACAAAAGUCUUAAAGUCAGUAAAUCAAGAGAAGCCCGGGGUGAGAUGAAGAAAGCCAUGUACUCAGUGGAGAUUAAAGUGGAGCGAGACAGAGUGACGGGGGAAACCAGAGUUCUUUCCACUAACACCAAACUUCCUGUUGACCUCUCCGAUCAAGGGGUCAAAGUUUAUGAAGAUGAACAGAAAGUGGUCCAUGAGAUGAACGGGGACGACGCUCACCUGCUCAGCUCCGUUGAGGUGGAGGAGCUCAUCCACAAAGCUGACGAGGCCUCGGUGUUGUCACAUCCCGUCACCACGGCAGCCUCCCUGCCAACAGGAGAAGUCCUGAGGGAGUCGGACCUUCCGCCAGAACCAGAACCAGGGUCCACACGGACCCCCAGUCACGCCCUGGCCGUUGCCGCAGAGAUCACAGGGCUGGAGGCGGCGGCCGGCGAGGAGCUGGACGUGGCGGAGGCCAGCGCUGAGAACCCGGUUACCAUGGUGUUCAUGGGAUACCAGGAUGUGGAGGACGAGGACGAGACCAGGAAGGUUCUGGGGCUGCAGGGCACGGUGAAGGCGGAGCUGGUGCUCAUCGAUGACGGAGAUGGAAAGGUAGAUCCACCUGCCUGUGCUGCCCCGCCUUCUGCUGCCCCGCCCACGCCGACCAAAGCUCCAGAAACGGUGAUGGCGAGCAACGGGGAGGCGGCGGCGGAGGGAAGGGCGGCAGCAGGGAAGAAGAAGCAGCCGUGUAAAUGCUGCAGCAUCAUGUGAUCAUCAUGUGACUGAGACUGAACUAACUCCGCCCACUCCACCUUUCCCUUUAGCAACAUGACAUCACUUCCUGUUUUCUGCUGUCACUUCAACAAGUACUGAGAACACUUAAGUACAUUAGCAUUAGCAUGUUAGUAUUCCACUCUCCAGGUGUGUUCGCCUGUAUGCCUGUCUGUUUUCUAAAAGAGGAAAUAAAAUGAAGUUACCGUGAA